AUGAGCGCGGACCGCUCGCUGCGGGGUUCAGCUAUCGCGCACCCCCGUCCCGCCGCCGCUGUGCCCGGUGCAGCAGAGCGGGGCCACCGGCUCCCUCCGCAGGGACCCCGCGGGGACGUGGGCGGCGGGGCAGCCCCGGGGGUCACGGCCCUGGCUGCCCCGGCCCGGUUAAAGAUUGUCCAGGUUCGCUGUCCCCGCGUCCCCUCCCGCCGUGUCCCCGCACGGAGCCGCAUCCGUGUGCUGGACAGGCUCGGGGCUGCCAACCCCUCCGUGUCCCUCGGGCGUGGGCACGGGCUGGUGCCACGCACGCCGUGCCACGCGUGCCUGCGGGCACCGUCACCGUGCCGCUGCCGCCUGUCCCCGCACGCACAGCCCGGCGCCGCGGGGUGGGCUGUCCGUGCGGAGCCGGCGGUGACCCCGAGCUCUGCUGCCAUGUGGCCGCUGGGGAGCCCCGUGGCGGUGUCGGCCAGCGAGGCGCUGCUGGCGGCCGCCGCGUUUUGCGCGGUGCUGCUGCUGGUGCAGCGGCUGCGGGCGGCCGUGCCCGCGGGGCUGCGGCGGCCGCCGGGCCCGCGGGGCUUUCCCGUGCUGGGCAACGUGCUGGAGCUGCGCACGGACGCGCACCUGGCGCUGACGCGGCUGAGCCGGCGCUACGGGGACGUGAUGGAGGUGCACAUCGGGACACGGCCCGUGCUGGUGCUCAGCGGGCUGGACACCAUCCGCCAAGCGCUGGUCAAGCAAGGAGAGGACUUCAUGGGGAGACCUGACCUCUACAGUUUUCGCUUCGUGGCGGACGGGCAGAGCCUGACGUUCAGCCCCGACUCCGGGGAGGUGUGGAAAGCGCGCAGGAGGCUGGCCCAGAGCGCCCUGAAGAGCUUCUCCAUCGCGCCCAGCCCCACCUCGUCCUGCAGCUGCCUGCUGGAGGAGCACGUCUCCCAGGAGGCCGAGUACCUGGUCACCAAGUUCCUGCAGGUCAUGGAGGAGCACAAGAGGUUUGAACCCUACCGGUACCUGGCGGUGUCGGUGGCCAACGUCAUCUGCGCCAUGUGCUUCGGCAAGCGCUACGAGCACGAGGACCAGGAGCUGCUCAGGGUGGUGAAUUCCACGGAGGAGUUCACUGCUGUCACUGCUGCUGGCAACCCCGCCGACUUCAUCCCCCUGCUCCGCUACCUGCCCAGCCGCAGCAUGAAGCUCUUCAUCGACUUCAACAGGUACUUCCUCAGCUUCCUGCAGAAGAGGGUCAAGGAGCACUACGAGAGCUACAAUGAGAACAACAUCCGGGACAUCACGGACUCCCUCAUUGAGCAGUGCCUGGACAAAAAACUGGGAACCAACACGGCCACGCAGAUCCCCAAGGAGAAGAUCGUCAACCUCGUGAACGACCUCUUUGGAGCAGGCUUCGACACCGUAACCACAGCCCUGUCCUGGAGCCUCAUGUACCUUGUGACGAACCCCAACAUCCAGAAGAAGAUCCAUGAGGAGCUGGACCGCACCAUCGGGCGUGAGCGGCGGCCGCGCCUCUCGGACCGGGGCACGCUGCCCUACACGGAGGCCUUCAUCCUGGAGAUGUUCAGGCAUUCCUCCUUCCUGCCCUUCACCAUCCCUCACAGCACCACCAAGGACACGGUGUUGAACGGCUACUUCAUCCCGAAGGAUCGCUGCGUGUUCGUCAACCAGUGGCAGGUGAACCACGACGAGAACCUUUGGAAGGAUCCAGAAACCUUCAACCCCGAGCGUUUCCUCAGCGCUGACGGGACCAAGGUGAACAAAGAGGACGGGGAGAAGGUGCUGGUGUUUGGCCUGGGGAAGAGGAGGUGCAUCGGGGAGAACAUUGCCCGCUGGCAGGUGUUCCUCUUCCUGGCCACGCUGCUGCAGCAGCUGGAGUUCAGCGUCUGCGAGGGCGGCAGCGUGGACAUGACCCCGCUCUACGGACUGUCCCUGAAGCACAAGAGGUGUGAGCACUUCCAGGUCAGGCAGCGCUUCCCCACCAAGGGCAGGAGCUGA